CCUUUGUUGGGCCCUGUCAGUACUUUCACUGCACUUGCCCUGCGGGUUGGACUCCUGAGUCCAGAGAAUUUAGUUUUGUGCUGCGGUGCUGCUGCGUGUAAUUUUGUCUAUCUGACGAUAUUUUCUUCAAAAUGGAGGCGAACAUUAUUCAACCGGAGAAUAAUGUUAUUCCACCGGAGAUAAAAAUCAACAUGGCUCUUGAUGAUAUCAUAAGAAUAGAAGGGAAAAAGUUGCCAAUUAGCCAUAAUCUAUACAAAAGGAAGCCUUUCUAUAAGAACUUCCGCAGGAACCAUUAUAAAAGGUUCUACCGUAAAAGGAGAUAUUUGUCACAAAAUUGGCGUUUAAGAUCGAACGGCCCCGGCAGUGCACCUGGUCGGUACAAGCUCAGAGCCUUUCUGGAGCGGAAGUGGAGGACAACACCUUACAAUUCUGUGUUUCAUAGGCUUGGAUACAACUCAGUUGCAAAGGCUAAGUUAUGGGAAGCCCGGAAUUACACUCGGCCAAACACCUACAGGAAAUGGAUGCCACAUGUGCAGAGAGACCCACAUCGACUUCAGAAGCUCUACGCUUCUCAAAGGCAUUAUACAAGUAAAAACAUCCUUCAGAUAGACCCCUCAGAGCUACCACCAUCUUCUGAGCCAGUUAAGCCUUUGAACAAAAUCAACCUGGCACAACUGCGGGAUAUUUUGGGGGGCCAAAUAACGCAAGUGGCGGAGGCUACCUCUGAAACUGGGACCGUAACCACAACAAUCACGAGGGUGGCUUCCUUUGACUCUAGAAGUGAUUCUAACUUCAGUCUCAAUUCUAAUUCAUACUCCAAUUUUAAUUCAAAUAACUCUAAUUUUAACUUUAGUGAAAACUCUAUAUGUCAAGAGCCAACCCAGAAUAAACUUUUCAAUUACCUUAAUUCAGGCAGGCAAAAUUUUGCUAAUACAAUGAACAACAGUGUUCAGAACCAGUUUCCUAUGGGUGGCUCUUUUAGUCUAAGAAAUCAAUUUGACAAUACUAAUCAGAAUCGUAUGGUAAUGUCUGGAGUUAAUUCUGAGUCAGGGAACACCAUGGCUGGUACUUCUAUGAACAGAAUGGGUUUUUCCGGAUUCAAUAAUGGAUUUAUCCAGCAGGCAGUGUUUACCCCAAAUAUGAACAGAACUAAUGUCAAUUUACAAGAUGAAAUUGCUGGCAUUCAACAAGUAAAGAAUGACCUCCCUCCUCUUGUGGUGCCGGUUCCUGGCACUAAGUUUCGUCCUCUUGGCAGAGGAAUUGACGACUGUAGAUUGACACCUCAUGCUUUAACAGUGCCUCUGACUGCACGUAUUGUGAACAGUACUUCUGAUCCUAUGGAGUUUUAGUAUUUUACUUCAUUUUAUUAGAUGGUGUUUCUUUUCCUUUUUUGUUUUUUUUCCCCCAUCAUGAUUAAUAAUUUUUAAUUUGAUUUUCUUUCUAUGUUACUGUACAUUAACAAGCAUUGAAAACAAAAACAUGAGUACAAGUAUUGUUUACCAAUAAAAUUAUUUUUUGUAUCGAA